GCUGACCCCGGAAGCGAUCCUGAAAAACCGGUACAGCAAAAUGGCGGUGCGAGCGGCCAUCGGGUCCGUGUGCGGGCUCCUGUGGCAGGGUUCAAGGAAUUUUUCUGCAAACAGUUCUAAGAGCACUAUAGCCAAAAAUGGUGGUUUUCUUCUGUUUCUCUUUUUUUCCCACACAUGCAGCAGUACCAAUAUGAAAUGGGUACAGUUUUCAAACCUACAUGUCGAUGUUCCCAAGGAUUUGACCAAACCUACGAUAACCAUUUCAGAUGAACCAGACACAUUAUAUAAGCGCCUGUCAGUUUUAGUAAAAGGCCAUGAUAAGGCCGUAUUGGACAGUUAUGAAUAUUUUGCCGUGCUUGCUGCUAAAGAACUUGGUAUCUCUAUUAAAGUACAUGAACCUCCAAGAAAAAUAGAGCGAUUUACUCUUCUCAAAUCUGUGCAUAUUUUCAAGAAGCACCGAGUUCAGUAUGAAAUGAGAACACUUUACAGAUGUUUGGAAUUAGAACAUCUAACUGGAAGUACAGCAGAUGUCUACUUGGAAUACAUUCAACGAAACUUGCCUGAAGGUGUUGCCAUGGAAGUUACAAAGACAAAAUUAGAACGGUUACCAGAACACAUCAAGAAGCCAAUCUGGGAAACAAUGCCAGAAGAAAAAGAAGGCAGCAAGUCAUAAAAUCUUAGGGAGACCACGUAUGCCAGCUUUUGAAGUGAGGGUGGGCCAGCCAUGCACAGUGAAAUGGAGAGCGCUUCCAGUUGAGACGGUUUUCAGUUCAUCCACCUGCUGUGUUGAGUCCACAUGUCCUGAUCAGUUGAAAGCAGGGAAUGGAACAUUAAUGAUACAAUGGACUAUAAUGAAAGAACCACUUUAUUCUUUAUACAUAUGUCAUCAUUUCAGCUGAUUUUAACAAAAGUGAGUUAACCAUUUUGACUGCUAUAUAUCAAGAGUAAAUUUGUAUUUUGUUAUUCUGCUAUUGUUUGAUUAUUUGAUUAUACAGAUUUUAAUUUAUAUCAUUCAUCUGAAAGUGAAUGUUUGAAAUAUUCCUCACAUACUUUUUUCUUUUGAGGUUCCUAGAAGGAACCUUCAGUUAAUUUGAUUAGCACUGAGCAAUUAAAGUUUUCAGUAUUUACCUUAGAGCAGGCUGGCGUAUACUCAUUGGGAGUUAUAAUCUCCAAAUUUACCUCAUUUAAGCAUUACAUUCUUGAAAAUGGAUAUACUUUGCAGCAGAUCAGGCAUACUUGUGGCAUGCACUGAGCUCUUCUUGUAGCCCAGAUCCUUACAGGGCUACCUUAAAGGGUCACUAAUGGAAUUUGAGCUCUCAAGAAAUUACCACCUAUAUUGUUUCACUCAUCCUGUGAUUCAUUCAUUCAGCAGGCUUUUAUUUUGUGUGCCCAGCACCAUAGUAAAUACCAAAAAUUGAAUAGAUACAAUGGCUUUUGAAAACUGCAAAGGACAGAAAAUAUUUUCCUUAUUAAAUUCCUCACUGAUACGAAGGCCUCUUUCUUUGGGUUAAUGGCAACUUUUUUGUUUGGAAAUGUCUACUUUUCCAUGAAAUUAAAUAGUAGUUAAAGCCUUGAAAGAAGCAAGACUGCAAUGGGCUGAAACUAUUGAUGUAUCAACCCCAAGGGAGUGAUUCGUUACCUUUUUACAGAAGAAUCAGGUCUGUGUCCUUUGUGGUUUCUUUCACAUCUCUGGAGUAGUUAUGACUUCUCAGUCCCACACUCCCCCAUUUAAACCGAAAUUCCUCUUCUCUUCCUGACCUGCUAUCGGGUGUCGGUGUUUGAAUGCAUACUGCCUGUGUGUCAGACUCACAUUACCAUCAUUAACAUGAAAAGAAUUACAGCCUUGUGCCCCAUGACCUCAUUCUGUUCGCAGCUCUGCUAUGACUGUCAUUCACAAAUGCCUAAAGUGUGCUUAUCUUAGAAGUCUCAAGAUUAAGAAUUAGUCAAUAAAACAAGAGGGAUAUAAUGGUAA